AUGAGGAAUCCAGGAGUGGCACGAAUUCGUUUCUGCGGCGCAAACUCAGCAAUGGUGAGUCAAAUGAUCACCUUUCUCAGUGGCACCAUCUCUCAACUUCGUCGACAUAUUGCGGCCAUAAGAGAAAAGGAAACGGAACGUUUCGAUGAAAGAGCUCGGGAAGCCCAACUGCUUGUUAUGCUCGAAAUGCACGUGCUGGCAAACCGAAUAGGUAGCCAUGGAAAAGAAGUGGAUUAUCGGAAACGCGGCUUCUUCGAUGGUGACGACUCUGGACAGGACGAUAAUCUGUCGACCUUCCUGCGAAAUAUGACGUCCGAUUUCCGCUUCAUAUUCAUGGCCACCGAUUCGAGCCGGAUGCGCAAAUUUUUGGAGGAGGCCGUCUCGGAUAGUUUCGCGCACAUAAUACCCCGGACGCUGGCUGAGAUCUACGACGAGUUAUGUGUUUCCCUGCCCUACGAUCUGGAGGAAUAUUCUCCGGACUCCGGAUCGAAUGCUGGUUCCGUUACCCACACCCCGACCAAAAAAGAUCCAUUUGCCGAGCACUCGCUUUAUGAGGGGAACAGAGCAGCUUCAAAAGCCAUGAUGGACACUUUCCUCGAUGAAUUGGCGUCACUUAGCGCUCCAGGCGAUCGCAAAUCGAAUGGCGGAACUAAAGUCGGCGAAAAGCGUCGUCUCUCCAACGACUCAAAAGCCGAGCAGCCUGAGCGGAAAACUGUCCGCAAGAAGGUCAUCCCCGAGACCCCCGAGGAAAAGCUAAUAAGAAACCAGGCCAAUUGCUUCGACGAAGACGAGAUCCUCGAGACGCCAAUGGGGAAAAUGUACCGCGGCCGAGAAACUAAGAAAGCCGCUCUCCGAGUUCUAAAGAAGGCACUAACCCAAGGAAAAUCUAUCAAAAAUGUCAAACAGCAAAGCACCUCCUUACCGGCCUCCCCACAAAAAGGACGCAAAUUCGUGUUCAAGUCGCAGCGAUUCGGGCUAACUGAAGAGCGAAUGAAGCAGAUCCUGAAUGCCCGCAACCAAAUUGUGGCGGCAGACCGGAAGGGUGGCGAGCAAGCAGUUCGUGAAUGCGUCACCAAAAUGCGCCAAGAAUUCCUUGCCGGCCGUGAGGCAGCCUCGACCCAACGCAACCGUACGGGAAGGGCCGUCAAGAAAUCCGGCAAGGUCUACGUAUCUCACAUCCUUGUCAACACUUACAACCACAACAAAUUGCGCCAGAACGAGCCCGUCUGCAACAUCAAGGGGCAAAUUUAUUUCGACAAAGUGGAAAGUGCCAACCUCCGCUGGCAACAUCUUGUGGAAUUGAAGAAACGAAAGCUGCUCAACGGCAAGCGGCAGCGCAACAACCAGAAGAAGCUGAUCAAGCCGAUCAAGGAGCGGUCAAGCGACGAUUCUUCAACAAAUGGUACUACGGAAGCGACAACUAACAAUCAGCUGCUGGAGCCAAAGCGAGAAGCGAUCACCCCCGACAGCGAUGAAGAGGAAUUA